AUGGUGCCCCCUAGAGCCAAACAUUGUCUACUGUGCGAAUGCUGCAUUCUGAAAAGAGACCAUCACUGUUUCUUCGCGGGUUGCUGCAUUGGUUUUCACAACCAACGUUAUUUCACUGUGUUCUGUUUUUACGGCUGUCUAGGGUCUAUUUAUAGUCUUUACACAAUAUAUAUUUAUUUGGACAAAUAUUACACGCCAUUGUUCAGUCUGGAUUUCUAUGGUUACCUGUUGCCAUGGUUACUGUGGAGAUGGUUUUGGGGAGCCGCGCAUCAUUCUAUCAUCUGGUUAACUGUCUUACUAUACAUGUCUUGUGCGAGUUCUUUUGCCUGCACCUAUUUUUUCGCGUGGCAAAUAUAUUUAGUUUUCACUGGUCAAACCACGUAUGAAUUUUUAAAAAAGGACAAAACAUUUAAAAGACCUUUACUAGAGAAUCUAAAAUCUACUUUUGGUAAUUUGUCUCUGUUGAAUUUUGUUUGUCCUUUGCCAUUUUUUAAAAACCAUGGAAAUGGUAUAGAAUGGAGGACAACUUGUGGUUUGGAAGAAAAGAUUUGUUGA